AAUAUUUUAAUUUUAAAGUCUCUAGUUGUGAAUCACGGUCUCGUGAAAACUCAUAACCAUAACCCAUAACCUUUGAACUUCUUGACCUGAAAAUCACCGCUCCCCUGCGUAAAUGCCGGCACAUCGGGCCCGCCAAAGGUUUCUGUGGAAUGACUCAUGAAAUAUUCACCAUUUGGGAUGAUACUUAAGACUCUCUAAAAGUCUAAAGUCAUAUCACACCAGCCUUUUCUUCUAAGGGUAGAAGAACCGCUAGAGCCACCAUGAUGGUACUGUACGGUUUAAGUGUGACUGUUCUCCUUCUUCUGUUUUCUUGUGCCUUGUCAUUGCGUAUCAACGCAAAUGUUGCCAUUCGUUUGCUCGAGCAUUCAUCAAAUGUUCUGACAGAAGCUAACACAAUGCUUGGUAUGAGCUCACGCGCGUUGACCAUCGACGCCAUCAACCAAAUGAAACGAGGUGAGAAGGAAGCAGCGAUGGAGAGCUUGAAUCAAGCCAUUUCAACGCUGGCGUUACUUGACGUGGCGGGAGCCGGCGUCGUGCAAAACCCUUUUACAUCCUUGAUUGUGAACAAUAUCGCGACAAGACAAGAGAUGUCCAGUGUCAAGCUUGCACUGGAGGCUUAUAACGAAGCCAUUGCUAAUGGGAUUGCGGUCACGGACGCAGGUGCGCCAACAGUACCAAACAAGGAACUUCUACUGAAUAAGAUAGCGGAACUCCGUGCUAAAGCAAUCGCAGAGUUCAAGAAGGCAGUGAAAGGCCUCCCUGGAACUAGCGACAUUGUUAAAAACCUUAACAAAGCUGCAAAGUGGAGCAAAGUGGGCACAGCUCUGGAUGCGUUCGGUGCACUGUUUGACGUCUUUGCCAUCGGGAUCAACGCCUGGGGACUUGACAUAGCGAUCCGAGAUGGAAAUGUACCAGGCAUGGUGUCUGCCAGCUUGGGGAUUGCUGCAGGUGUUGCUGGUGUCGGAACGUUUCUCGCAGGUAUUAUAACUGGGUCCGCUAUUAUCGGGCCUAUUGGAGCUCUUAUCGGUGCAGUCCUUGGCCUGGCUGCAACUUUAAUAGACAUCUUCUCCUCCAACCCUUCAUCUAACAUGGAACAAACAAUCAAAUCCUUAAAGGCUCUGACAGGCGCUUGCAAGGAGGAGGUUAAGUUUACGGCUGGGUAUGCGGGUCCUCUUGGCAAGUUUGGAGAAAUUUACGAAUCAAACCAAGCAAUCUUGCUAGAUAUCACCGGUAUGCCAAAGGGGCCACUCAAAUUUAGGAAAGCUAAGACAGCAGCGGACACAGAAGGUUUUUUGAGCGCUGGAGAACGUCGCACGAUUGACGGGUCAGUCUUUUCCAACACUUAUUGGACAGUAAGUGGUUCGGAGGAAAUCGGGUAUGACUUUUACGGCAGAUCACGAGCAGCACCAGAAAGGACUUUUGGGGUAUCCGUUUUUGUGGACACCAAACUUGUAAAUCGAUCUGGCACGCCUUACAAAGGAGUCGACAUUCAAACGUAUAAUAAAGAUUACGAGAACUAUUACGUGCACGACCAUGUCAGUAUUGAAGACUACGAGCAUCUAAAGCCAGGACAGAAGGUGAAAAUCUCUACAGGAUCGGGACAUGACGUGAUAGCAAUCAACGGUCUGAUUGGGAAACUUGAACCACAGUUUACAAACGCACUUGAUGUUAUCAAAUCGCAAGGGAGCUCCCAAAAAGAACUAACAUUCGGAGGUAUCUCAAGAUCACAUCGCAAGAUCAAAGGAGCUUACUUCAAUCACGUUACAGAACGAGUGGGGUUCUAUCAUGGGCAAUAUAGAGAACUCCACGAGUUUGGCACCGUCAGAGGAGUUGUGCUCGUACGUGGAAGCCCCUUUGAUGAUCGCAUUAUCAUGCACGGCAAAAAUUUCCGAGUCGAGCAAACUCGAGGAAGAAACACCUACGAGUUCGACAUUCCACAGAAUGUCAAUCCGAAAGACCGUAUUACUCAACAAACGAUUGUGGAUAACAGUGAUUCCCAUGCCUUGAUCCGAGUGAAUCAUCAAGGCAACGUAAAAAAAGAAAGCUUCAGCUAUUUGGAUAAGGUUAUGAUCAUCUGGUUCAGGGAUGUAACAGGAAGAUUUUGGAAUCCAAUUUAUAAUAUCAGCCUCUUCUGCAAGAAGGAGCCACGUGUUGCGCUUAUCCAUUGGUCAAAUUUAUCGGAGAAAAAGGACAGCAAACGAAUCGAACUAAUCAAACUGAGCAAGACUAGAAAGCGUCAGUUUCCCGGGGAGACGUACAAAUUUGAAUUCUUAGGUGACCUCACUACUGGAACUGAUAGACAAGACCUGGUCAAGAUAAAGAAGCCAAGACACCGUAACACCGCUGUGCAGACGAUUGACAUGCGCGAGGGUGCUAACCGAUUGAUGCUGACUGAAGAUUUGAUGAAUGGAUAUUCGAUAAGACCCGGCGGUCGCACCCUCCACUUGAAGAACAAGGGUGGGGAAUGGGUACUAGAGAUCCGGGAUCCGAGUUCAAGCGACCUCCGCCAUGACGUCAUCAUUAAGAACAUAAAGCAAAUUAUCAACGAGUACUUCGAGAAUGUUCUUAACAUGCGUGAUGCUGAGCCAGACACGGAUCUCGGCGCAUUAUACAUGGAAAGCAAAGAGCUGAUUCCACCAGAAUAAAGACAAGCAUACUCUUCAAUGAUGAUAUCUGCACCAAACAUACUCUUCAAUGAUGAUAUCUAGACCAAGCAUACUCUUCAAUGAUGAUAUCUGGACCAAGCAUACUCUUCAAUGAUGAUAUCUGGACCAAGCAUACUCUUAAAUGAUGAUAUCUGGGCCAAGCAUGCUCUUCAAUGAUAAUAUCUGAACCAAGCAUACUCUUCAAUGAUGAUAUCUGGACCAAGCAUGCUCUUCAAUGAUAAUAUCUGAACCAAGCAUGCUCUUCAAUGAUGAUUUCUGGACCAAGCACGCUCUUCAAUGAUGAUAUCUGGACCAAGCAUACUCUUCAAUGAUGAUAUCUGGACCAAGCAUACUCUUCAAUGAUGAUAUCUGGACCAAGCAUUCUCUUCAAUGAUGAUAUCUGGACCAAGCAUACUCUUCAAUGAUGAUAUCUGGACCAAGCAUACUCUUCAAUGAUGAUAUCUGGACCAAGCAUACUCUUCAAUUAUAAUAUCUAGACCAAGCAUACUCUUCAAUGAUGAUAUCUGGACCAAGCUUACUCUUCAAUGAUGAUAUCUGGACCAAACAUACUCUUCAAUGAUGAUAUUUGGACCAAGCAUGCUCUUCCAUGAUAAUAUCUGGACCAAGCAUGCUCUUCAAUGAUGAUAUCUGGACCAAGCAUACUCUUCAAUGAUGAUAUCUGGACCAAGCAUACUCUUCAAUGAUGAUUUCUGGACCAAGCAUGCUCUUCAAUGAUGAUAUCUGGACCAAGCAUGCUCUUCAAUGAUGAUAUCUGAACCAAGCAUGCUCUUCAAUGAUGAUAUCUGGACCAAGCAUACUCUUCAAUUAUGAUAUCUAGACCAAGCAUACUCUUCAAUGAUGAUAUCUGGACCAAGCAUGCUCUUCAAUGAUGAUAUCUGGACCAAACAUACUCUUCAAUGAUGAUAUUUGGACCAAGCAUGCUCUUCCAUGAUAAUAUCUGAACCAAGCAAGCUCUUCAAUGAUGAUAUCUGGACCAAGCAUACUCUUCAAUGAUGAUAUCUGGACCAAGCAUACUCUUCAAUGAUGAUAUCUGGACCAAGCAUACUCUUUAAUGAUGAUAUCUGGACCAAGCAUACUCUUUAAUGAUGAUAUCUGGAACAAGCAUGCUCUUCAAUGAUAAUAUCUGAACCAAGCAUGCUCUUCAAUGAUGAUUUCUGGACAAAGCAUGCUCUUAAUGAUGAUAUCUGGACCAAACACUCUCUUCAAUAAUGAUAUCUGGACCAAGCAUACUCUUCAAUGAUGAUAUCUGGACCAAGCAUACUCUUCAAUGAUGAUAUCUGGACCAAGCAUUCUCUUCAAUGAUGAUAUCUGGACCAAGCAUACUCUUCAGUGAUGAUAUCUAGACCAAGCAUACUCUUCAAUGAUGAUAUCUGGACCACGGACCAAGCCUAUAUACGAGGGAUUUAAAACAGGCGAACUGCUACUACUCAACUUACGAGCGAUCACUUCACAAGAAAGUGCUUCGCGCAAGGCUAUUUCCCCGCAACAAGUUCCCGCCAGACCAAAGUAUUCUUACAAAGUUAUUAUUUGUCUGUUUAAAAUCCUUUGUGUUUUUUCUGACCAAAAGGAAUUGAAAGUUGCCUGAUAGCACAAAAAGAAGAUAAUAUGCCAAAUAAACAGAGAGUCUACUAGGCUGUAAACAUGACAAAUAUCAAUCCAUUACUUUUGCUCCACGUUCACCCUAAAGUCUUCUUAUAACAUAGAGGUAACAGGUAGACCGUUGAAGCCGAGGAAAAACUACACACAAAAUUUUCUACACAGAAAAAUACCAGGCAAAAUACCCACCUCCCACCACAAAAGAGGAAAAACAUUUCAAAGAAAGAAACAAAUCUCCAUAUUCGUGUGACACCCGUCAUGUUAAUAUCCAAAAGCCCUCUGUUACAGUAUUAACGAAGAAUGGACAUUAAAAAAAGCACGAGCAUUGA